UUCGCGGCGGGCGGUUCGAACCGUGCGGGCGUGGGUGGCGGGCACUCGUGUCGGUCGCUUCGGGCGGCAGCCCGAAGGGUUUUCCGUACAGCCUUACUGCCCACACCCCAGUGUGAGGAGGCUGCUCGGAGCCGAUGGUGUUUUGGGGGAAACCUUUAGCAAGUCCAAGAGAAAGCCCACGGGCGCCGGGGGAGAACGGGAAGCGAGCCUUGCACUUAUGUGCUGUUGACGAGGACUUUGUGAGGCUCUUCUACUCCUUUUUCAAGUCUCUUGUGGGCAAGGAUGUAGUCGUGGAACUCAAGAAUGACCUGAGCAUCUGUGGAACCCUCCACUCUGUGGACCAGUACCUCAAUAUCAAACUAACGGACAUCAGUGUCACAGACCCUGAGAAAUACCCUCACAUGUUAUCAGUCAAGAACUGCUUCAUCAGGGGCUCAGUUGUCCGCUAUGUGCAGCUGCCAGCAGAUGAGGUGGACACACAACUGCUACAGGAUGCAGCAAGGAAGGAAGCCCUUCAGCAGAAGCAGUGAUGGCACCUUCCCCCUCCCCCUCACUUCCCCAUUGGUGACCCAUAACUUGAUGUCCUACUGAGGACAAGAACACCCCUGCCCAAUACUUAAGGUGUGUUUUGUUUUGUUAAUGAUUUUUUUUUUCUUUUUAACUGAAUGGAUGAGAGAUAAUUCCUCUGCUGAGAAGGGAGGGUCAGAGAGCCAGGAACUGCAGAAUGGUCCUGGACUGGCUCCCAGUCUGUACCUUUUUCUCAUCUUUCCUGGAGAUGGGAGCAGCAUCCUAGGCCCUUCCAUGGCGAUAUGUAAUACAUUUGAGGGAUGGAAAGAUCUGUCCCGCAUCGGGAAUAAAACUUAUGAUGCAAGCUGAA